AUGCUUCCGACGCGCCUCGGCGGCGACUUCAAAGGCGGCGUCGAUUCACAGAACCCGCCGUCAAUGGCCUCGUUUCUCUCUGUGUUCGUGGUGCUGCUGCUGCUGAUUGCUGGUUCUUGCAUUGAUUUUACUGAUUGCCUUCCCUGCUCGCUCCUGUAUCUUUGGUCUUUGUCCGGGCCGACGACGACGACGCCCGAUCGGCGACGACGUUUCAAAUUAUUCGACUUUUUCGAACGAUGCAUUCGAAAAGAUUAUAGAAUGUCGUUAUUUAAUCGGCUAUUUCGUGGGAAGAAGUCAGUGAAUAAGGAAAAUGAACAGCCUACAGAACUGGAGCGUGAAAUGGCAUACCGUCGCUCAUUACGAAUGUCAUCGUCUAGAAGUGGAGGUUAUAAAGGAGAUCGGACUCGAUUCAAUGAGGAUAUUCCGGCAACUGCUCCUUAUCACACUGUAACUGCUCCUCGCCUUCACAAAGGGCCAAUGAGUUGUCCAGGAGGGUACAAGGAAAGCUACCGCAAUGAUGCCAUGGAACGAUCAUUUGAGACAGAGAUUCGAUCCUCUCGAGAUCGGAGAGAACGUGAAAGACACGAAUGUCCUGAUCGGAAAUAUAGAAACAAAAGAACAACAUGGGACACGUCUGAGUACGGAAGCGGCGAUCCAUCACCUCUUGGAAACUAUCCAAGAAACUCACAUUUCAAUGAAGAUCUGGAAGAGUCUGAUGAUCAGGAGUGGAACAUGCACGAUAAACUAAUGCAACUAGACAACAACUGUCGACGAUUUAUGAGAAAGUAUAAACACGCUGAAGAGCGCCAUAUGUAUUACAAAGCCGAGUGGAAAAAGAUAUACAAGGCCAAGGAGGAAUCCGAAAACGUGUUUCUUCGACAAAUAGAACAGCUCACAAAGCAACAUGAUAGAGACUUAGAAAAAAUUCGCAAAUUAGAAGCGGAACUGGCUCAUUACCGAUUUGGACACUUGUCAGGAACGAAUGCAUAUCACUUUGGUAUGCCUUUGUCUCAAAACAGAAGUUCAUUGAUGCCAACGCUACCGCCUCUUCCCAGCAGUACAGCCACACCAUCUACCAGUGCUGUUGAAUCCAUCACAGGCGCAGGUGAGGCUCUGACAGAACAGUGUGAUCUGUCAAUGCUUCGGCCGCUCCACUUCGACUCAUCGUUUGCAACUCGUCCUAUCACAGAUGACAUAGAUGAAACAAAAAACUUCCGUGCAUUAGCUGUAGAUGAUAGUGAAAGUUUCCUAUCAGGAGUAGAGGCUCCUCGUGGGAAUCAGCUCGAGAAGAUAGCCAAUCAGUCAGCUCAGGAUGAUGUUAACUUGGAUGAUGGAUACGGGACUACUGCUGACAACGUUGCAGUCAAGGAUCACGGUGAUUCUAAGAAACCUAGUUGUGAAAGUGAUUCUCGAGAAAACUCAUCUCAUCAAAGUUGA